UCUCAUUUAAAUUCCAAUAUCCACGGAACAUAAAAUUACUUUCGAAACCCUAAAAAAGACGACGACGACGACGACGAUGAUGCUCAGGCAAGCUGCGAAGAAGGCUCUAGGGACUACGUCACGUCAAUCAACGCCGUGGCCUGUUGGUAUCUCCCGUUUCUACCACGAGAACGUCAUCGACCACUACGAUAACCCCCGCAACGUCGGCUCCUUCGAUAAGAAUGAUCCCAGCGUUGGCACGGGACUCGUCGGAGCUCCUGCGUGCGGCGAUGUUAUGAAGCUUCAGAUCAAGGUCGAUGAGAAGACUGGUCAGAUCGUUGAUGCUCGCUUUAAGACCUUUGGUUGUGGUUCAGCUAUCGCUUCUUCAUCCGUCGCUACUGAAUGGGUGAAAGGCAAAGCUAUGGAGGAUGUCCUGACCAUCAAGAACACCGAAAUAGCGAAGCAUCUUUCUCUCCCACCAGUCAAGCUCCAUUGCAGUAUGUUGGCGGAGGACGCCAUCAAGGCAGCUGUGAAAGACUACAAGGAGAAGCGUGUGAAAACAAAUGGUACAGCAGCAGCAGCUGGAGAAACCACGCAGGCUUGAUUCCUUUUACUAAUGUUUAUACCAUAAUGUGUAUAUGAUGGUGAAAACAGGGGAGAAGUAGAAGAGGAUACAUGCAAGCUAUCAUAUGUAAUGAAAUGUUUUUUUUUUUUUUUAAGUAAGUUUCAGGUUUUAAGUAUUUUGAAUAAAACUCUGUUGACAAAAACCAUCCAAGAAUGAGCUUUUGCCCUCUAGUUUUCUACUUUCAUAUUGUGUUGUAAUGGUUUCUUCUUCUUUUGGAGAUGUAUAACUUUUAAAGGCAAGACUAUAAUAUUUCAGUUUUGGUGUU